UACAUUGUAGUUAAAUAAUGGAAUUCCAAAUUGUGAAAUUUCCUGAAGAGAAUGAUGCUGUUGCCGUUGUUGCCAAGCCGUGGAUGGUUGGAGAAGUCUGUUAUUGGCCACCCCCACCGAAUAAUGUAAAUAAACUUGUUAAAAAUUAUGCCGAACCGAAUUUCGAGACGUGGGUAAAAUGCAAAGCUCUGAUCGUCGGAAAUGCGUACGGAAGCUACAACGAAGCUCGGCAGAAUUUGAAAGCAGCAACCUAUACUUCGGAUUUUGAAGAACAAAGAAGCGCCACGUCGGCAUCGAAAUCAAAACGACAGGUUUCUCUUCCCACGCCACCCGAAAUUGAUGAGUCUGGAAGCGUUAUUCCUAGCGACGCCAACGUUAUUCUAGAAGAGAACGAGAACUUGUCAAGAGAGGCGUCUUCUGUCACACAAGAUCAAGACGUGGUGUAUUUCGUCUCUCCAGCGAUUGACACCAAUGAGAAGGAGGUUCAGACGGAUCCCUGCGAAAUUACUCAAUGUGAGCUUUUUUUAAAAAUUUUGUACUAUUUCUACUAUCCAAAGAAUAUCUAAAUAAACCUUCGGUUA